UCCGCUUGCCACCCAGGUUCCGUCAUGUCUGAAGGGGCCGAUUCCCAGCCGGUGGCUUUGGGGGCAUCCCGUGUUGAACUUCGGGUCUCCUGCUGGAGCCUGCCGGAAAGAGAAGCCAACAUUAAACCUGAUCCAUGCCUGGUUAUCCAGCUGCUCAGCGAUGGACAGUGGAACGAGGUGGGGCGCUCGGAGGUCCUGCAUGGCGCCCAGAACCCCGUUUUCGCCCAUGUCUUUGCCCUGGAUUACUUCUUCGAGGAGAUGCAAAAUUUGAAAUUCGAGAUCUUUGAUGCUGAUGGAGAAAGUGAUUCUGACCUAGGCUGUGAGUCUGGCAUGCUGAUAGGCACCACCGAAUGCUCCCUGGGGCAGAUUGUCUCCCAAACCAAGGUCACCAAGGAGCUGAUGUUGCCAAGUGGAGAGAUUUUGGAGAAUUCAACCAUCACGAUCGAAGCUGAAGAGGUCUCCCGUACCAACAAGUUUGUACAACUGGAAUUUAGUGGUCAAGAACUGGAUGACAAGGAUUUCUUCAGCAAAUCCGAUCCUUUCCUGGAAAUAUAUAAAGUUACCAUUGGCGAGUCGGAGAGUCUGGUUUGGAGGACAGAGGUGGUGAAAAACAACCUCAGUCCUCGGUGGCAACCGUUCCGAAUUUCUUUGCAAUCGUUGUGCAGUUGUGAUCCUGAACGGCCUAUACGGUGUGUGGUUUACGAUCAUGACUCCAGCGGGAAGCAUGAUUACAUUGGGGAAUUCAGCACAAAUUUUCAAGAAAUGUUGCAGGCUUCUUCUGGAGAAGAGAUUCCCAAAAUAAGUGAGAUAAUUUCUAUAUUUCUAAUGUGUUUAUUGGGGAAAAUUUGGUAUUUGUUCACCAAGUUUGAUCCUAAGAUGUUGCUGAAGUGGAGGAAAACCACAUGA